AUGCCGUCCGUACCUCCUGCUCCUCAGCUACCGCAACAGGCCCUCCAGGAGAUCUUUUCCUAUCCCGACCAGAACCGCCCGCUGGAUCCUACCAACAAAUUCAGCAAUGCCCUCCGGCUCGAAUUUUUCGGGAGCAAGAUAGCGCUCGCUGUUUACACAAACGCCAUGACCACUACUGGAUUCCAGACCUUCAUGGAGCGGACCGCGAAUGCAUAUCAAUGGCGCCAUCAGGUCAACGGGCCCUAUCCACCCAACGUGAACCCGCAGAGCGCGGAGGAAGCGCAUCGGAUAUUCUACACGUAUACGGGUGCUAUCUGCGUCCACUACGACUCCGAAGGCUUCGCACGCGUGCAGAAUUGGUUCGCGGACCUCAAGUCGGCGGGUCUUUGA